AUGCGUGUUUACAAUUUGAUCAAUACAGCCUUUUUAUUGGGCGCUGUAAGCUCUGUUGUUGCAAAAGAAGUUCAUCAUGAACAUAACCAGAGACGUGACGUUGAGUAUGUGACAGACUACCACUUUGUCACAGUUUACGCGAACGGUCCAAAUCCGGCAGAUAACAAGGUUCCUUACUCCCCCCCUACCCAGCCACAGGAGACUGGUGCACCUGAACCAACUCCAACUUCUGAUCCAGCUUCUGAAUCUACACCUGACUCAGGUAAGCAGGGAGACGCUGCUCCAGCUGCUCCGGCUCAACAAGAUGCUCCAGCUCAACAAGAUGCUCCAGCUCAACAAGAUGCUCCAGCUCACCAGGAUUCUCCAGCACAGCAGAAUGACGAAACUCCUACUCCAGCCCAAACAGUUGCACCAGUGAAGACUGAUGAUUCCGGUAACCCAGGGGGUAGUACGGCUGAUGAUUCCAAAACAUCUGUUAAAUCUCCAAAUGGUUUCAAGGGUAUUACAUACUCUCCUUAUGAUGCAAAUGGUGGUUGUAAGUCUGCUUCCCAGGUUGCUGAUGAUUUGUCUAAGUUGAAGGAUUACCCAAUUUUGAGAUUAUACGGUGUUGACUGUAACCAAGUUGAGAAUGUCAUCAAGGGUAAGGCACCAGAGCAAAAACUUUUCUUGGGUAUUUUCUUCGUGAAUGAGAUUGAGAAGGGGGUUGAGAGCAUGAAACAGCAAAUUUCUUCUGCUGGUGGCUCAUGGGACGAUGUUAUGACCGUCUCUGUUGGUAAUGAAUUGGUCAACAAUGGUCAAGCUUCUGUUGCUCAAAUUGCUGACUACUUGAAUGUGGCUAGAAAGGCAUUGGCAGCAGCUGGUUACAAUGGCAAAGUCGUUUCUGUUGACACUUUUAUUGCUGUUAUUAACAACCCAGGUCUAUGUGAUUUGUCUGAUUACAUGGCAGUUAACGCUCAUGCAUACUUCGACUAUAAUACCUCAGCUGAAGAUGCUGGUCCAUGGUUGUUGGAACAGAUUCAAAGAGUAUGGACAACCUGUGGUAGUAAGAAGGAUGUUUUGAUUGCUGAAUCUGGAUGGCCACACGGCGGUGAUACUCACGGUAAGGCUGUUGCAAGCAGAGAAAAGCAAAAUGUAGCAAUCGAAUCAAUCAAGAAUAGUUGUGGUGACAGUACAAUUCUUUUCACCGCUUACGAUGACGACUGGAAGACCGGCGGUUCUCUAAACGUUGAGAAAUUCUGGGGUAUGUUGUAA